AUGGCUUACCCAUACUAUUCUCCCCCACCACCAUCACCCCCUUCUCCUCCAUGUAACCCUGUCACGGCAGCACCGCCUCCACCAAAACACCACCACCAUCAUCAUCACCAUAAACAUCCCAAUUCACCACCACCUCAACAUCAUCAUGUCUAUCCACAUCCACCUCCUCCUCCUCCUCCUGCUCCACGCCACCCUUACCCUCACCCAAAAUCACCUCAACCUCCAACUCCUUACCACCAUGAUCAUCCAACUUCACCACCUCCACACUCCACACCACCGCCUCCAGGGAAGGGUCCACUUACUCCACCAGAAUCACCUCCAUAUACACCACCAUCACAUUACACGCAUCCACCAAAUUCACCUCCAUAUACACCACCAUCACAAGAUUACACGCCUCCACCAAAUUCACCUCCAUAUACACCACCCUCACAAGAUUACACGCCUCCACCAAAACCAUCUCCAUACACACCACCGUCACACGAUUACACGCCUCCACCAAAACCAUCUCCAUACACACCACCGUCACACGAUUACACGCCUCCACCAAAACCAUCUCCAUACACACCACCGUCACACGAUUGCACGCCUCCACCAAAACCAUCUCCAUACACACCACCGUCACACGAUUGCACGCCUCCACCAAAACCAUCUCCAUACACACCACCGUCACACGAUUACACGCCUCCACCAAAACCAUCUCCAUACACACCACCUUCACACGAUUACACGCCUCCACCAAAAUGGUCUCCAAACUCACCACCAUCUCAUAAUUACACGCCUCCACCAAACUCAUCUCCAAAUACACCACCAACUCAUAAUUACAAUCCUCCACCAAAAUCAUCUCCAAACACACCACCAUCUCAUAAUCACACGGCUCCACCAAACUCAUCUCCAAAGACACCACCAUCACAUUAUUACACGCCUCCACCAAAACCAUCUCCAUACACACCACCUUCACCAAAAGUACCAUCUCCAUAUACACCACCUUCACUUUACACGCCACCACCAAAUCAGGGCAAUACCCCGCCUAUUUUCGGGUCACCACCACCACCUUUUGGAGCAGUUCCGCCGUCAUCAGACAUUGUGUCACCACCGCCAGGCGGCAACCAUACCACUGUUAUAGCUGUGUGUGCCUCUCUUGGUGGCGUCUUCUUCAUUGCAUUUCUCUUGGUUGGUCUCUUCUGCUUAGCUAAGAAGAAAAAGCCAGUGAUGGUUCCUGCAGCUGCUCCUGCUUGUAUUGAAGAACAUGAGGAAAUUUAUGAGACAAUCGCUACAGGUCCAAGUGGAGAUCAAGUUGUGACAGUUUCAGUCGAGGAUGAUGUGCGAAUUCAUGAAGCUACAGGCGGUACUGGCGUUGUUGGUUCCCAUUAUGGAGCUCCCGGUGGUCCUCCUCCUCAACCGGGGCUCGAGGGAGGUCCUUCUUACCGUCAAAGUUAUUACUGA